UUGAGCUCUUGAAUUAUUAUGGGCUUGUACUAGCGCAGACUCAUUUUUCUUGGGUACGUUUUAAAAUUCGCAACAAAUUAGCAUCAAUCGCCGUGCACUUGAUUUCAAACGAAACUAGACCUCUUAAAGUAUAAUCGAAUCCCCACUUACAUACUCACCAAAUAAGAUUUUUCGUGGAUUGAAUAUUUUUAAAAACCUAAAACUCAAGUUGAUUAAAAGAAUGUUGCUUGGCAGUACUUUAUAUUCCAGAUGUUCUGAUAGGCUCUGAUACCGUUGUUCACAAAAAGAUAUCAGUGCCAGCACGCCCCACAGAGUUUUGAACUGGUAGUACUUUCGAAUGUUUAUAAUAAUCUUUGCGAUACAUACAAAUAAAAUCUAGAUUUUAAUACAUAUACGCUUUUUCAGGAAUAUUUCUUCGUGCUUGACUUUUGCGGGACGACUAGCAGUUUACAUACAUGUGCCUAAUUUCCGCUUUUAAUUUAAUAAAUUAGUGCUUAUGAGGAUUUACCGGUGGUAAAACCAGUUUGCAAUCUGGCAUGAUUUAAGUGCUAUAUGUUCGGCCACCCAGCUGACAUCAACGUCCAUCCAUAUGCUCAGCAGUCCGUUUUGACAGUGCCUUCGUUUUCGGCCUCCGCAUACCAAGCAGAACCUAACACACCACCCGAUGAAACCUUCAGCAGUUUCUUCACGCCGGUUAAUACCAACUGCCAGAAACAGAACAGCGUUGCUGAAUGCAGCAGUUUUAAGAACGGGCACCAAGUAGAUGCACGACACUGGCCGCCAAGCGUUUCCAGCAUCCGAGACAGCAGGACAACCAAAAGUGCAGCUAGUUUACACAGCAAUGGUUUUUGUUACGGUGAUGACGAAAGGCAUCGCUCGGUUAACGGAUGCGCCAAGGAGAAAACCAGCGAACUUAUCAAUGUGGACCUAGACAGUCAGGCUGUAAAACCGGGGUCUAACCUACGCAUGGCUACGGAAAAUUCUCCAAAAACCAGCGUCAGUACACCCACUCUGGCGACACUAGGAAGUCCAUUGCAGUUACCGUAUCGAUAUCACUGUCGAAUAUCUGCGACGGACUACUGUAUUAUGGCGCUCAUGGUUCCGAUUGUUCCUCUUCGUGUCGCAGGACUCCUGUUUUUGAUGAUAUCAGGCUGGCUUAUUGCGAAAGUGGCAUUGUUCAACAUUAACAAAACGAACGAUCUUUUAACUGCCGCUCCAUUAACAGGAUGGCGCCGUAAAUGCCAGAUUAUCCUACGCCACAUCGGUCGUUGGAUGUUCUUUCUGUGUGGCCUACACUGGAUUCGAUGGGAAGGACGCGUGGAAGAACUGCUAAAGCGACGAAAAGGUCAAGAAGUUCAGGCUCCCGUGCUAGUAGUGGCGCCGCACAUCUCAUACAUGGAUGCGUUCCUGUGCGUCAUAAUGGACUGCUGUGUAGUUUCGCGGUCGAGCUUGAAGAGUUUACCGUUCUUCGGGCCUGCUAUUUCACUAAUGCAGCCGUUGUACGUUGACCGAGAAGAUAUGCAAAGUCGGAUUAGCACCGUUGAAGCACUGCGAGAACGUUGUCGCAAAGAUAUCACGUUAAAUCGUUGGAACUGGCCGCCUGUGUUCAUAUUCCCCGAAGGCACAACAUCAAACGGCAAGAGCUUUUUCAAAUUCAAGUCCGGAGCUUUCAUCCCAGGUCAGCCGGUGCAGCUCAUUGGACUGUCAUAUAAAACGUGCAUGCGCUCCUUUCAACCUGUGACAAUGACGUGGGACACUAAUCUCCCUGUUUGGAAGUCGCUCGUCUGCAUCCUACUCCAACCGAACAUUACGGCAAUUGUAACAGCCCUAGGUGUUUAUUGUCCCUCGCAAGAUGAAAAGCUCAAUCCGGAUUUGUACACAGCUAAUGUGGAGCGGUACAUGUCCUUAAAACUGGGUCUUCCAGCAACGGAAUACACUUUUCAACAUGCCAAAAAUUACGCCGCAACGGUGCACUACAAAAGAGAGGCAGCAGGAGAUCGGAGCAGUGCCAAUUCCAGCACCGAAACGGUCGCCGCGACUGAUUAUCAGUCCAGAACCCGCGGCCGAAAGCAUUCUUUUCGCGUCUAAAAAGCUAAUUUGUUUUAUCAUUUUAAAUGUGCAGUUGCUGCUUAAAACGGCGUGACCGUUUUUGUUUUAUUUUGAACAAUCAUUUCAACGAGGCAACUUUCAUCGGCCUCGAUCUCACAAAAAAUCCAGUAAAACCAUGAAUUUCGA